AUGUCGCCCGGUGAUACUUCUCAGAAGAGUCCCGGCAUCAAACCGGCUCAGGAUUCACAAUUUAUCUCGAGAUCUGUCCCCGAGAAUCUCGAACGAAUCGACGAGAGCUCUGGUCAAGAUACGACGAUUCGACGUGAUUAUGGCACCCUUAGCAAUGUUCCAGCUUCCAGCAGUCAAAAACCACGCAGUUCCUACCGCUCCGAUGAUGGUGCAGACGGAUCUUCAGGUAUGACACCUCUGUCGCCGCAAAACACGAAGCCCAAGAAGCCCGCGCCGAUGAGGAGAGCUUCUACACGGAAACAACUGCCACACCGAGGAGAACAGUUUUCCGUCGACGACGAUCCUUCCGAGGUGGAGGAAGAUCGAACUCCCCUCACACCUAGCCUACAACCUUUUCCCACCCUCACUCGACAGCAAUCCACAGUUCGUCGACGAAACGUUGCCGCUCAGCCUCAGCUACCGCGUGUUGAUUCGGCCGAGGAAGAGGCCGAGGAAAUGAAUCAAGAGGGACCUGUCCUGGACCAGUCAGAAGAGAAUACAGCGGAUGGGGAAGAUGCGGGAUUGGAAGAAUCGGAGGAACAAGAUCUAAGCGAUGCCGAGAGUUUUACUUUGAAAGACCGACAGCUGGCCAUCAACCAAACCCACCCGUUUGGUAUCCGGAUCUGGAAGCCGGCCUUGUACAAAAAGAAUAGAUCGGUCGAGAAAGGAGCCGAGGAAGAUAUCCACUCCUCCCCCAGCCAAAUCGUGAGCAAGUGGUUGUGGGCAUUUAACUGUCUAUGGACGGUCCUUUUUGGCUGGUGGCUGGCCGCCGCGGCGACCAUUGGUGCGCUCGCUUGCUAUUUAUUUGCCUUUGACCCCAGUGCGGCUGCAUAUGGCCGAGUCUUUUUGGGCCUCUCCGGUUACCUUUUCUGGCCGUUUGGCAAAUUCGUCAAACUUGAACAGGAUGAGAAUUAUGUCGAAGAAGAUGAAGGCGAAGGCCGGAGCAUUAGCGAGUAUGAAAGAUGGCAGAGCGGUGAUCUUGAAUAUGGUCGACUGAUGUUCGGACCAACUCUCACCCAUAGCGGUUCCAUCGUGGGGCGACACAGGAACAGUAUCGACUCGGCCAACGAGAACGACAGCCUUCUCGCUCGAAGUGGGAGAACAGACAGAGCAGACACCGGCGUCAGCACCAAAACGAAACGUCGACUUUUCGGACGCGGUCAAUGGACUUUGGGCCGGGUCAUCUUCUUCGUUUUCUUCUACUUCAACGUGGCACCUCUGAUGCUCCUGGUUUCCAUGAUAUGUUGGCUGAUGGUUUUCUGGAUCCCCAUGGGUCGGGUCACACUCAUUCUCUUCUACCACCUGCGAAAACGUCCUCUGUCGUUGACCUUCCAUCGUGAUGUUUCACACGCUCGAAACUCCACCAAACCAUCGUCGAUCAUCCUUUGCACCUACCGGGCGGUCGGAACGAAGUAUUGGAAAUACACGGUUGAUGGCACCAAUAUCUUCCUCAUCAACUUCCUGGCGAUCGUCGUCUUCGUCAUUCUGGACUACUUUGUCCUGAAGGAAGGCCUUGGUCUCAACAUUUGGCUCACGAGUCCCGCACUCAUGUUCACACUGGCACUCAUCUCCAUUAUUCCCUUGGCCUAUUUCAUUGGCCAGGCGGUGGCGUCUAUUUCGGCACAGUCGUCCAUGGGCAUGGGAGCUGCGGUCAACGCCUUUUUCUCGACCAUCGUCGAAGUGUAUCUGUACUGUAUUGCUCUGAACGAGGGUAAAGCCCCUUUGGUGGAAGGAAGCAUCAUCGGCAGUAUAUUUGCGGGUAUUCUUCUCCUCCCCGGAUUGUCGAUGUGUUCUGGGGCCAUCAAACGAAAGACUCAACGAUUCAAUGUCAAAUCCGCCGGCGCAACCUCCACCAUGUUACUCUUUGCUGUGAUUGCGGCUUUCGGUCCCACCUUGUUUUACAAAAUUUACGGAAGCCAUGAAUUGAUCUGCAAAUCAUGUACGACUGCAGAUGAGGACAAUCCAAGAGACUGCCGUCAUUGUUACUUUCGCCAGGUCCCAGCCGUUAGCGACGACUUUUUCGUCCAGGCCGUCCGGCCAUAUUGCUGGUUCGCAGCAGUUCUUCUUUUCUCAUCCUACAUCAUUGGAUUGCUCUUCACGCUGCGAACGCAUGCUGCCAUUAUCUGGAGUACUGACAGCGACGAGAAAAAGCCUCAGCAAGGACAAACCGCUGACGUCAGUCCGAUGGAUACUCGACAACAGAGUGUGGUCAACUCGCAGACUCUGCAAAACGCGAGCCCGAAUGGGUCUUAUGUCCCCAGAUCUGCGAUCAGGGAGUCGCAGCUGUAUAGACGGAUCCUAGGACAGUCUCUGCGGUCGGCCGGACUCGCAGACGUUGAUGGUCCUGAUCGAGAGGCAUCAAAUGCAGCCAAGGCAGAUGGGCAUCUUCACGCGGUUGACCAUCCAACAAAAGGCGAUUUACCUCACGUCGUGCCACCGAAAUCCAGUCACGGAUCGGAAACCGUCCGCAGUCCGGUCCUGUGGCCUGUCGUACCCGGCUUGUCGGAGGAAGACAACAACAAUCUUGUUCGACAAGUUGCUGAGAUGGCCGCCACGGCGGCGACGGUCGCGGCGAGAGAUGCGGUCAAUCACCCUCGUACGGCAUCGUACCAGGCAACACAUGCGUACAAAGGCGACAAACCCGACAAAACCAGCAGACCGUCGGUGACCCGCCGGGACACUACCAUGGAGGAAUCAUACGUGAAUCCCGCAGCGGAGCAGGCUGUCCAUGCUAGUGGCGAAGGCGGGGGGCAUAACGCCCCGAAUUGGUCGCGGACAAAGUCGUACGUUAUCCUGUUGACGGCGACAGUGGCAUACGCCGUUGUUGCUGAGAUUCUGGUCAACACGGUGGAUGUUGUGCUAAAUUCGAUUGACAUUGACGAGAAGUUCCUCGGGAUCACAUUGUUUGCAUUGGUACCAAACACGACGGAGUUCCUGAAUGCGAUAUCGUUUGCCAUGAACGGCAACAUUGCACUGAGCAUGGAGAUUGGAUCAGCCUACGCGUUGCAAGUGUGCUUGCUUCAGAUCCCAGCCUUGGUCCUCUUUUCGGCGGUUUCAGGGCGAUUUUAUGAUCCGACUGACCUCAUUGAUCACACCUUCAAUCUCAUCUUCCCGCAAUGGGACAUGGUCACCAUCAUCUUAUGCGUGUUCCUUCUGAGCUACAUGUAUGGCGAGGGGAAGAGCAACUACUUCAAAGGUAGUAUUCUGGUGAUGACCUAUCUUGUGGUCAUUAUGGGCUUCUACUUCAGCGGAUUCACCACGAUGAGCAGUAUGGGAGGAAAUCUAAAUGACACCUUGGCCAUCAUGCCAAGCAUGGCGUGGCAGCAGAGUGGCCUUAGAACCGUUGGCACUACCCCAGUUGUGGGCGGAAGGGAGUUGUGA